AUGGCCCUUGUGCGGCUGGACAACCACUCGCUGGCGCUGCGGGGAGGCCCCGCGUCAGCCCAGGCACCAGCUCCCCCAGGAGUCCCGGCGGCCGCUGCCAGCCCUGGCUACCGGCUCAGCAGCCUCAUCGAAUUGUUGCUCCACCGGACCUACUCGGAGCUCCUGGUGUUGACAGACCUGCUGCCAAGGAAAUCGGAUGUCGAAAGGAAAAUCGAAAUAGUGCAGUUUGCCAGCCGAACACGCCAACUAUUCGUUCGACUACUAGCUGUGGUAAAGUGGGCUACUCAUGCUGGCAAAGUGGGAACGUGUGCGACGAUUUCCAGUUUUUUAGAUCGCCAAGCCAUCCUGUUUGUGGACACAGCUGACCGCCUGGCCUCCUUAGCUCGAGACGCUCUGGUCCAUGCACGCCUGCCCGGCUAUGCCAUCCCCUAUGCCAUCGAUGUACUAACAACCGGCUCUUACCCACGGCUGCCAACCUGCAUUAGGGAGAGGAUUAUUCCUCCCGAUUCAGUCACUAGCAGUGAGAAGCAAACCGCGCUUCAUCAGCUGAACCAGAUUCUAAGACAUCGGCUUGUCACCACGCGUCUCCCUCCUCAGUUAGCAAAUCUGACAGUGGCCAGUGGCCGAGUGAAAUUUCGAGUUGAAGGAGAAUUCGAAGCCACCUUGACUGUGAUGGGCGAUGACCCUGAUGUGCCAUGGUGUCUUCUCAAGCUGGAAAUUCUGGUUAAGGAUAAGGAAACUGGAGAUGGCCGCGCUCUCGUCCAUAGUAUGCAAGUCCACUUUAUCCAUCAGCUGGUGCAGUCCAGGCUCUUUGCUGAUGAGAAUCCUCUUCAGGACAUGUACAACUGUCUGCAUUCGUUCUGCUUGUCACUGCAAUUAGAAGUGCUGCAUUCCCAAACGCUGAUGUUAAUCCGAGAACGGUGGGGAGACCUUGUGCAAGUGGAAAGGUAUAAUGCUGGAAAGCACCUCUCUCUCUCCAUGUGGAACCAACAGAUUCUGGGGAGAAAAACUGGAACAGCAUCUGUUCACAAAGUAACAAUUAAAAUCGACGAGAAUGAUGUCUCUAAGCCUUUACAAAUUUUUCAUGACCCUCCCCUGCCAGCUUCUGAUUCCAAAUUAGUAGAAAGAGCAAUGAAGAUUGAUCACUUAUCUAUCGAAAAACUCCUGAUUGACAGUGUCCAUGCAAGGGCUCAUCAGAAACUCCAGGAGCUAAAGGGUAUUCUGAGGGGCUUCAAUGGCAAUGAAAGCUCUUCCAUAAACACUGCACUUCCAGCCCUUGUAGUUCCCAUCUUGGAGCCCUGCAAUAGUUCGGAGUGUCUCCAUGUUUUUGUUGAUUUGCAUUCUGGAAUAUUCCAAUUGGUGCUUUAUGGACUUGACCAGGCUACUCUAGAUGACAUGGAGAAAUCUGUGAAUGAUCAUGUGAAACAGAUCAUCCCAUGCAUUCAAAAACUUAAGUUUUGGCUUGGACAGCAGCGUUGCAAACAAUCUAUAAAACAUCUGCCUGCCAUCUGCAGUGAAAAGUUGCAGCUUUCCAAUUACUCAACCCAUCCUAUUGGCAAACUUUCUAAGAAUAAGUUGUUUAUUAAACUUACCCGGUUUCCACAAUACUACAUUGUUGUGGAGUUGCUGGAGGUUCCCGAUAAACCCACUGAGCUUGCGUAUAAGUACUACUUCCUAUCUGUGAACGGUACGUACUAUGAGGACACCCCUGUCGCCGCAGUCAUGCUGCAGCAGUUCAAGGAAAACAUCCAGGACAUGGGCAUGCAUGUGAAAGCUGGGAAACCGCUGAGAAGCGGUGCCAAGCGCAAGUUGUCUGGGGAUCCAUGUCCCCUAGAACCCAAGAGGACCCAACGAUCAGGAGAAAUGUGUGCUUUCAAUAAAGUUCUAGCUCACUUGGUUGCUAUGUGCGAUAGGAACAUGCCAUUUGUAGGACUUCAGUUGGAGUUUUCCAGUUUGGAGAUCCCACAUCAAGGAGUGCAGAUGGAAGGAGAUGGCUUCAGUCAUGCAAUCCGCUUAUUAAGAAGUCCUCCAUGUCAGGGGGUAAGUGAGGAAACCCAAAAGACUCUGGACCGCUCACUUCUUGAUUGCACUUUUCGAUUACAAGGUAGAAAUAACCGCACAUGGGUGGUGGAGCUAGUGUUUGCAGAUUGUCCACUUAAUGGCACUUCAACCAGGGAGCAAGAGCCAUCCAGGCAUGUGUAUCUGACCUAUGAAAAUCUGUUGUCUGGACCUGUUGGUGGUCGAAAGGUGGUUGAGAUGUUCCUUAAUGACUGGAAUAGCAUUGCACGAUUAUAUGAGUGUGUGUUGGAAUAUGCACAUUCUCUACCAGAGAUACCUGCUCAUCUAAGUAUUUUCGCGGAAGUCCGUGUUUAUAAUUACCGAAAACUUGUCUUGUGUUAUGGAACCACCAAGGGAAGCUCAAUUAGUAUCCAAUGGAAUUCCAUACAUCAGAAAUUUCACAUUUCAUUAGGAACGAUUGGCCCAAACUCAGGCUGCCGUAACUGCCACAGUACCAUCCUUCAUCAGCUUCAAGAACUGUUCAACAAAACACCAAACGUGGUUCAGUUAGUACAGGUACUGUUUGAUACGCAGGCUCCAUUGAAUGCCAUCAACAAGCUUCCCACCGUGCCCAUGUUAGGCUUGACCCAGAGAACCAACACUGCCUAUCCAUGCUUCUCUAUUCUGCCACAGUCACCCACCCACAUCCGACUGGCCUUCAGGAACAUGUAUUGCAUUGACAUAUACUGCCGGAGUCAAGGCGUUGUGGCAAUUCGGGAUGGUGCCUAUAGUCUUUUGGAUAAUAGCAAAUUAGUUGAAGGUUUUUAUCCUGUGCCAGGAUUAAAGACGUUCCUGAAUAUGUUUGUUGACAGCUAUCAGGAUGCCCGAAGGAGGACUAUGAAUGAAGAUGAUAAUCCCUCUUUUCCUAUAGGAGGAGAAACGAUGGAUGCUUUAAUAUCCCAAUUCCAGCACCAGCCACCACCCCAACAACAGCCAUUUCCGAAGCAACCAGGAUCGUCAAGCACGUAUCCUCUGACUUCCCCUCCUAGAGUUUAUCACAGUGCAGCCAAUCAGGUUCCCUCUCUGAUGCACACACAGUCCCCAGGAAACCUGCAUGCUGCCAGCUCCCCCAGUGGGGCUUUGAGAGCCCCAUCACCAGCAUCAUUUGUUCCAACUCCUCCCCCAUCCUCUCAUGGAAUCUCAGUAGGACCAGGGUCCAGCUUUGCUAGUCCACACAGAGCCCUUGACCCUAGUUCUCCAUACACCGUGGUCUCACCAAGUGAACGAGCGGGGAACUGGCCAUGGUCUCCCCAAGUGUCUGGCCCCUCCCCAGCCACAUGCGUGCUUGGAAUGUCACCAGGUAACCCAUUGCUGCCUUCUCCAGUUCCAGAAGCUCCUCAUUCCCCUCGAGCUGGCACGAGUUCCCAAACAAUGCCAACAAACACGCCUCCACACCGCAAACUCCCCCAGAGCCCCUGGGCAACAUCUAUCUCAACCAUCCUCACGCACAGUGCCUUGAAAAUUUUACUGCUGCCCUCUCCAACACCAGGCCUCAUACCUGGUCUGGCAGGGAGUUACCUGUGUUCGCCACUUGAGAGAUUCCUUGGAUCAGUCAUCAUGAGGCGACUCCUUCAAAGGAUUAUUCAACAAGAAGCGCUACAGCUGAUAAAUUCCAAUGAGCCAGGUGUGAUCAUGUUUACGACUGGUGCACUGAAAUGCAGAGUAGCCCUUAGCCCCCAAACCAGCCAAACACUUCAGCUGAAAGUGAUGCCUGACGAAGCAGGACAGUGGAAGCCAGAUGAGCUUCAAGUUUUGGAGAAAUUCUUUGAAACCAGAGUUGCAGGACCACCAUUUAAAGCCAAUACAUUAAUAGCGUUCACCAAGCUGUUAAGAGCACCUACAUACAUCCUCAGAGACUGUGUGCACAUUAUGACGCUAGAGCUAUUCCCUGACCAGGCAACACAGCUCAAGUGGAACGUUCAAUUUUGCCUGACAAUCCCACCCAGUGCACCUCCCAUAGCCCCUCCGGGGACUCCUGCUGUGGUGCUGAAGUCCAAAGUGCUGUUUUUUCUUCAACUGACGCAGAAAACAUCAGGGCCCCCCCAAGAGCCUGGUAGUAUUAUAGUUCCCAUCAUCUAUGACAUGGCUUCAGGUACCACCCAGCAGGCUGACAUCCCCAGACAGCAGAACUCGUCAGUUACUGCUCACAUGAUGGUCAGCAACAUUCUAAGGAGGUUUGCAGAGAUGAACCCGCUGCAGCAAGGCGAAUGCACAAUUUUUGCAGCUGUUUGUGAUUUAAUGGCUAAUCUUUCACUGCCCCCUGGUAGACGUCCAUAGACACUAUUAUUUUUAAAAACAGGAAGUCUGGCAGAAGAAACAAAUAAAUAAAUGAAUGAAUCUGAACUCAGCCUUCAAUUUCAAAGAGACAAAGGACAUUUUGACUUUUAAAAGCUAAAAAUUAUAAACUGGCAGAAAAAAUUCAGGGUGCACUUCUUUCAUGAAAAAGAUCAUCAGUCUUUUAUAUAGAGUAUUUAAAUAGAACACAUAUAUCAAAUAGAUAGUGUAUCUGUAUCGCCUUGCCAGUAAUAGAUAUAAUAUUCCAUUUUAUACUAUAAAGUUAUGAAAAUGCCAAAGUGGUUUAUUUAAUUGUUUUCUUAUGUUUGGGAUAUAAUAGUCCUUUUUGGUUUUGUUUUGAAGCCAGGUCUGUCAUUUUUGAAUACUGUAAAACUGUGAAAAGUUUGAUAUUGAAGCUGUAUUUUAAUAUGACCAGUUUGAAUCCUCACAUGAAAAUGUUCUUGGAGUUGUUAUAAACAGAUCCCAAAGAAAAAAUAUUUAGUAAACUAGGUUUAAAAAACAGACGCCAACGCCGAUGACAAAAGCCAAGGGCACUCACUACUUUCCUGAGCCUCCCUUCAUCUUUUACCUGGUGGGCCAGCAAUCCAUUUCUAUUUACACAGGUCUGAAAUUUGACCAAAAACACCUGCUGCUUUAUUUCAAGGUAAUUUCUUUUCUUCCAACAUACCUCCCCGACUGCUGGCUGACGUUUGCCACCAUGGUCUUUUCAAUGUAGGAUCUGGGAAAAAGGAGAGCCUCUAGGCUUGGGAAAGAGACAGUCAAUGGUUCCCAUUGAUCAAGAAUCCCACGUAUUAUUGCCAUCAUUCUCAUCAGUUGGAAAUGUGGAAGCUUUUCUGUGAUGAGGCCAGUUCUGUGUACAAGUUGGUUCUGCCUACAGCAUUAAUGCUUCUGCCCUUCCAUGAAAUUUCUGUAAUACUUCCUUUUCUUGCUUAACUUCUCACCCCACCCCCACCCCCACUCUCCUCACCAAAAUUGGAGUUGUUGUGAACAAUCGCAGUUUAAUUUGUUCUCAGCCAAAAAGAGGAAUGCUUUGCUUGCAAAAGACCUGGUCCAGUCCCCUCUUUAUCAAGAUGCCCAAGAGCCAGGGCCGAAGCUGUGCAUGUCUCCAGUGACAUUUCUGGCCCUGACCUAUGUCAGCAGUGUUUCCAUUUGGAGCGUUGUGUUCUCUCUCCCUCUCAGUUAGAGACUGUAGGCUUCAGCUACAUGAUCUGAAGCAAAGAGCGUCUGGGGGUUCGACGUUAUUGGGAAAGUUUGAAAAUGGUAACUUCGUGCUGAGCCAUCUCUCUGGUUGCUGUAACACUGGCUCUCCACUAAAUGUCAGAUGUUUUAUCUAAAUUGACUUGAAGACCAUAAUAGCUUCUGUAACGACCAACCACCACAUUUGAGAAUUGAGCAUCUCGCUGCAGCUAUGUCAUGUCUGUUCUGAACUUUGCUUGGUUCUCCAUUUUCAGCCAGAGUUGAGGCUUUCUUUGCCUGUCUUCUGUGCCUUAUAUCUGCCUUUGUCUCCUGUUCCUCACCGAACUCUGUUACUGUGGAGAGCGGACGGCAAGACUGCCCUCCGUCCUUUAGUUGACCUCGUAGCCUUCUGUUUUCAACUCUUCCUACAAUGGUAUUAACUUCAGGUUGGCAAUCUAAAAUGUCUUUACCAAGGAUCAGCCCUUUUUCUAUUUGGUGUGGAAUCAUUUCAUCUGGGAGCCUACAUGUGUAUGCAAGAUGUGUAUUUUUAUCUGCAGGAUAAAAUUGUUCUUCACAUAAUUCUAUUAAUAGAGUUAACUUUCCGGCUAUCCUCAGUGUGAUUUGGAAAUGUUCAUUGCAUUUUUUUAGAAAAUGAUGCAUUCGAUGGACAUCCCCCCUCCCUUAAUUAUAAAACUCAACAAUGCAUUGUGAAAUCAAAAGUAAGAUAGGAUUCAGUGAAUGGAUUUGCUCUCAAUGCUAAUUAAAAGUAAACCCAUGAAUUUGAA